AUGAUGCACCCCACGGCGCAGACGAAUACUGAGGCUCCAACAUGGAUCUGUGCGCUGAAGAAGUUGGGCUACACAGGUCCUCUCACCAUCAAUGCCAUUGGCAGACUAACAGAAGUCUCUGAAGACGCCUUGCGAGCCGUCUAUUCUACUGGAAUCGGUCUUAAUCACGUUUCUACAGAUAAUGGCUUUGACUUGGAUCUGAUUUUGUGGGGCUGGAAUCAUCCAACUCCAGCUAAUGUAUUGCUCAUAUCUGAUUAUCGAAUCUUCGGUUGCACUCUUGGGACUCUACAAGCGCGCGGAUACAAUGUUAUCUCGCCAACAUACUUUGCCUCCGCCUCUGUCUCUCCUUUUGACUAUAUACCCGUCUGGCAAAGCCUCUUGGCAAUGCUACGGGCAGGUGUGAACUUAAGGGGGAGGUGGGAGAUAAGUGCAGUGAAAAAUCUGUCUUGGUUUGUUCAACAUGCGAUGAAAACGUCAGACUUUGAAAGUUUCAUCACGCAUCUCAAGAGUACAGAGCAUGCACGUGAUGAAGAGGAUGCUGAGGCUGAGGCUUCUACUAUCCAGAAGAUACCAACAUGUUCUAGAGCAGGUAUGAUGAUACACCCAAAGGCGCCGACGAAUGCUGAGGCUGAGGCUCAAACAAGGGUCUGGUGGGACAUCACCAGGUGUCCGGUUCCCUCUGACGUUGAUGCUCGUAUGGUCGGUCCAUGGAUUAAAAAGGCAUUAAAGAAGUUAGGCUACACGGGUCCUCUCACCAUCACAGCCAUUGGCAUACUAACAGAAGUCCCUCUUGACGUCCUGAGAGCCAUCUAUUCCUCUGGAAUCGCUCUCCGUCACGUUCCUAAAGAUGAGAGUGGAAUUAGAAAUUAUCUGUUUUCGUGGGGCUUGAAGAAUCCAUCUCCUAUUAAUUGCAUGCUCUUAUCUGGUGAACGAACGUUUGGUUCAACUCUUGCGAGUCUAGAGAGGAAAGGAAACAAUAUUAUCCGGUCACUAUUGUCUUAUGAUACUAAUGAAGUCGACUCCGCACUCAACUUAACCUUUACACUAGAAGGGUGCUUCUUCCUCUGGCAUAGUUUACUGGCAAUGCUACGUGCAGGGGAACUUGAGGAGGAGGAGGAUAAGUGCAGUGAAACGGGUGAACCUGCCUUGGUUUGCUCAACAUGCGAUGGCAAAGUCGAUUAUGUCAAAGACUUUGAAAGUUUCAUCACGCAUCUCUACAGUAAAGAACAUGGACUAAAAGAGUUGCAAUUUUACCGUCAUUGCGGUUCUUAUGAGAAAGAGGACGCUACUACGAUUAGACAUGUUCUGGCGUGUUUUAGAGCUGGUAUCAGGAGCUGCCAACGUAAAGCAGAAGAGGAACUUAAAGCAGGAGAUGAACUUAAAGCACAACAUGUCGAACACAAGAAGUCAAGAAAAAGAUGA